AUGACUACUCCCACCGCUGCUGUGUGUGCGGACCAGCCAGACGAUUCUUCAUCCACCCUGGACCUGGAAGCCGAUAAAGAGACCCCCAAUGACCAGGUGCGAAGCACUGCCAGAUCCCAGCGAAUCACCUUCGACGGUCCCAAUGUACAUGACGGCACUCGGUCUAUAUACUCCCCUGGCGACAAACGUUCCCGCAGUCGAGAUACCAUUCGCAGCACUCGCAGUAUUCCCCAGUCCCCAACGGCAGCUGGAAUCCCAAUCGAGUUCCGUACCCUUUCGUUUCAAAUCUCCGAAUCCCAGGCAGCCCCAGAACAUGACUAUUUCGAAAGUCUGGACUUCCAUGUACUUGCUAUCGACCGGUUGUGCCAGCAGUUCAAUGUUGACGCAGGCCGUGGUUUGAGUACUGACGCGGCAGCUACUCGUCUUCAACGCGACGGGAAGAACAUCAUCGCACACCAUGGGGAGAAUUAUGUGAAGAAGAUCCUUGGCUAUGUCUUUGGUGGCUUCUGCUCGGUCCUCUGGAUCGGCGUGAUCAUCUUCUUCAUAUGCUGGAAACCGCUCAGCAAUCCUCCCUCAGUCACAAACCUGGCCAUGGCCAUCCUGGUCAUCAUCGUCAUUAUCCUGCAAGCAUCGUUUUCCGCCUUCCAGGAUUGGUCGACAUCGCGCGUGAUGAAAUCGAUCCUGGGCCUCCUGCCAGCGGAGGCUCUUGUUCUCCGCGAAGGUAACUUGAUUAAGCUGCCAGCUACUGACCUUGUUGCGGGAGACGUCGUUCAAAUCUCCAUUGGCAACAAGGUGCCGGCUGACAUGCGCAUCAUCAAAAGCUCGGGGGAUGUUCGAUUCGAUCGGUCCAUUCUGACGGGAGAGUCCGAUGAAGUCGAGGGUGCCACCGACGCUACCGACCAAAACUUCCUUGAGACCCGCAAUAUCGCCUUCAUGGGCACCGGGGUCACUAAUGGCAAUGCUGUUGGCGUUGUUGUCCUGACUGGGAGUCGCUCCGUCAUGGGUCGCUUGGCGUCCAUCACGGCAGACGUGAAGGAGAAGCCAACGCUCAUCCAGAAGGAGAUCACACGCUUCGUACGGAUCAUUGUAGUGCUCACUGUCAUCCUAGCGGCCGUCAUCCUAUUCAGCUGGGUGGGCUGGCUGCGAGUUGACCACCCACAAUUCAUGAGCGUUGUUGAGAUGUUGAACGAUGUUAUGGGCUGCGUGGUCGCCUUCAUUCCCGAGGGUAUGCCGGUCGGCGUUGCCCUCACCUUGAUGAUCGUCGCAAAGAGGAUGAAGGCGAACAACAUCCUGCCCAAGGGACUGGCGACAGUGGAAACCCUUGGCUGCGUCAACGUGAUCUGCUCAGACAAAACGGGGACACUGACCCAGAACAAGAUGUUUGUGCAGUCGGUGGGCCUCGUUGACCAAGAAUUCUUUGUUGAGGAUCUGGUGACCGCACAGCAGAAGUCGAUUCCCCUUCCAGAACCUCUUGAGCCCCUCUUGCGAGGCUCCAAGCUCUGCAACGAUGCCUUCUUUGACCAAGAAACAUUGGCCUUGCCAAUUCCUGAACGCGUCGUAAAUGGCAAUGCGACCGACGCGGCUGUUUUGCGUUUGGCCGAGAUGCUCAGAGCAGAUGGACAGACUGACCUUCAUAAUUACCAACGCACCCAUCAAAUCCCCUUUAACUCGAAAAACAAGUGGAUGCUUACUGUGCACCAAAAUCCGUCCUCCUCGACCCACAGCCUCAUCUAUGUCAAAGGUGCCCCGGAUGUACUUCUGCCCAAGUGUACUUCAUACUGGUCCAAGGACGGUGUGGCCAAACCUCUGGAUGCUGCUGCGAAGGAUAUGUUUACUGCAUUCCAACAAAAGCUCUCCCGCCGUGCCCAGCGAGUCAUUGUUCUUUGCCAACGAGAAUAUGCGUCGACUGCGGCGGUGGGUACGAACCAGUUCAAUGAUGAGCUGCUAGCCAAUGGCGUGCAAGACUUGACAAUUAUCGGCAUCUUUGGUAUUAUCGACCCUCCCCGUCCAGAAAUUCCUGAAACGGUGGCGGCCUGUCGAGGCGCUGGCAUUCGUUUCUUCAUGGUGACCGGUGACUUUGGUCUGACUGCUGCGGCAAUUGCCCGAGACAUCGGUAUUUUUACCGGAACUGCUGAGCCGGAUACCGUCGCGGACCUGGCGUCACCCGCAGUCGCAGCGCCAGCUGAGAAGCAUGAGGGAAGGUCGAGACGCAGUCUCAUGGUAGAAGGGUCGCAGAUUUCGACUUUUAACGAAGACCAGUGGAAUGCAAUUUGCCAGUAUGAGGAUAUUGUCUUCGCCCGGACCACUCCGGAGCAAAAGCUGCGUAUCGUUGAGGAGCUCAAGUCUCGAGACAACGUGGUGGCCGUGACGGGCGACGGUGUCAACGAUGCCCCCGCCUUGCGCGCAGCAGAUAUUGGAAUUGCCGUUGUUUCAGGAAGCGAUGUUGCCAUCGAAGCGGCGGACCUGGUCUUGUUGGACAAGUUCGAUUCCAUUGUGGAGGCGAUACGGCUGGGUCGCCUAGUCUUCCAGAACCUCCAGAAGGUCAUCGCUUAUCUGCUUCCGGCAGGCAGUUGGUCUGAAAUCUGGCCAGUGAUCAUGAAUGUCUUCUUCGGCGUACCGUUGCCGCUGAGCUCCUUCCUAAUGAUUAUCAUCUGUGUGUUCACAGAUCUGUUCUUGUCGCUGUCGCUCAUCAUGGAGAAGGAAGAGUUCGACCUGCUUAGCCUCCCACCUCGCAACCACAAAACCGACCACCUCAUUAACCUCCGUAUCUACGGACAAUCCUACCUAUUCGUGGGAGUUAUGGAAGCCUUUUGUGCCCAUAGCAUGUUCUUCCUGUACAUGUACAAGAAAGCCGGCAUCCCUUUUCACGCCCUGGUAUUCGCAUUCGAGAAAUACUCUGACGGCUUCUACGGCUACACAGAGGCCGAGCUGACGCACUUCAACAAUGUCGGACAGAGCGUAUAUUUCGUCACGCUGGUCAUCCUGCAAUGGGGCAAUAUCCUCUCCGUCCGGAGCAAGCGCAUGUCCAUCCUGCAAGCCGAUCCUAUACGCGCUAAACGCCGGAAUCCAUGGCUGCCUCUGGCUAUGCUCGUGUCCUUGGUGAUUGCUAUUUUCGUUACGGAGGAGCCUGGUCUGCAGUCACUUUUCAAUACUGCAUCCAUUCCGUUGGAAUAUUGGUUCAUUCCAUUGGGUCUGGCGAUUGGCGUCCUGGUCAUGGAUGAGUUGCGGAAGGUGUUGGUCCGCGUGUUUCCGCGGGGACCUGUUGCGAAGAUCGCGUGGUGA